AUGGCUGCAGCAGCAUUCCUUGCAUGGGAGCUGUUACUGCUUGAGCAGAGAGUCCGGCAAAUAGAAAGAAGAUUAGAGCGCCGGCUACUUCGUGACCAUGCAAAUCCUUUGACAUUACCUCAAAACGAAUUUAUGGAUAUUUUUCGGCUCAGUCCUGAUUUAGCACUCUACCUUAUUAACGAAUUGCAUCAUGAUUUGCAACCCCAAAGAAUUAGCGGUCUUGCUCCAGAACUACAGGUUUUAACUGUUCUUCAAUUCUAUGGUCAAGGCUGCUAUCAAAGAUCCGUAGGAAAUCAAUUCCAACAUAAUAUGAGUCAAACUUCAGUCAGUCGAUGCAUCCGCGCAGUUACAAAUGCCAUCAAUCAACGACUCUUACGUCGUUGGAUUAAAUUUCCUAUGUCUCAGGAAGAGAGAGCUGCAGCUCGUAAUAAAUUCCGAAAUGCUCCUCAGCCAUUCCCAGGGGCGAUUGGCGCAAUCGAUUGCACAUUUAUAAAUAUACUAGGCCCUGUAGAACAUGAAGAGGCUUAUGUUAACCAUCACGGUAAUCAUUCUCUUAAUGUUCAAGUAAUCGUUAAUCCUGAUCUCCUUAUACUGAAUAUUAAUGCAAGAUUCCCAGGUGCUAGAAAUGAUUCUUAUAUUUGGAACAAUUCACCUAUUCGAAGGGCAAUGGAGUAUUGCUAUAAUCGAGGUGAGCGCCAAACUUGGCUUAUAGGAGACGCCGGAUAUCCAUUGGAACCAUGGUUAAUGACUCCAUUAGCUGAUUAUCCAAUAGGUACGAGACAGUUUGAAUAUACAAUGCAGCUCUGUUCAUCUCGUAACUGUGUCGAACGUUUCAAUGGAGUUUUCAAGUCUGUGUGGAGAUGUUGUUCCUAUCAAAGAAUUUUAAUGUAUAAACCAGAACUUGCUGGUAGAAUUAUCAACGCAUGUGCUAUCUUGCAUAACAUGCGAAUUCAUGCGCGUCUUCCUGUUGAUCAGUUCCUAAAUGAUCAAGACGCAGGUCUUCCUGAAGACCCUGUACACAUAUAUCACGAGGGGGACAAUGAACCGGUGAGGAAUCUAGCGCUGGCACGAAGAAUACAGAAACAAAUUAUGGCAGAUAGAUUCCCCGAUUUACCUGAUGGCGAUGACCUCUGA